AUGAUUGUAGAGCCAAGCUCCUCCUCAAAGGGCAAGACGGGUCAUGCCUCCAUAUUCUCAUCCCAGUCACCUAUCUUUAUUCUGCCAACUCACCUCUCUCUGGAGGCGUUGGACGAGAUAGAAGGCCGGCUGGUUCAAUAUGGUGGAAAUUUGACCUAUGACAUUGCCGAAGCCGCCCUGGUACUGGGGAAAGUGACGCGUGCAAAACGCGCAGCCUUGGAAUUGCGCUCGCGUGGUGUCUGGACAGAGGAGCUUGCUCCAAAGGCAGCUUCAAAAACAAUUGCUGGUGGCACAGAGCCCCCCUUGAAACGCAAACGUACAGAACACUACGAUGGGACCAAGAGUGCUCCGAUUGAGAUCAUCGAUCUUAGUACCGGGUCGGAGAACGAGGAUGGAGUUAUGGCCCCGGUCCAAACGCCAGAGCCAUGUGGAAACUUAGUCACAGUCCUGAAGCACGAGUGGCUAGAGGCUUCUAUCAAAUCUGGUGAAUGUGUGCCAAAAGGUCCCUACAUCAUCUACCGUGGGCGAAAGAUUCCCACUCCCGCCACAGCAAAGCAAAAGCAACUUGAAAUAAAGUCAAACCAAAUCAUCCAGCGUGCAAAGCAGGAUGCUAGUUCACCGGCACCAUCAACCCAACCAUCAGAUCACUUCCAAGCAAGACGCUCAAAAGAACCUCCCGGCGGAGCUCCCAGGCGACCGCGACCAACCUUAUACCGACAAACGACUUCCGAGCAAGAAGAAAACAGCCCACGCCCGCAACCAGACUGGGUUCGCGAUCAAGUCGUAUUAUCAUGUCUUCGCUCAACGCCUCUUCACCCUCCAAAUGAAGAAUUCAUCUCGCAGCUUGUCAAGAUUAGACACAUCCGGGAACUCACUCUCGACGAGAUCGGCGUGCGGGCGUACAGUACCUCUAUCGCAGCGGUAGCAGCGUACCCGCACCUUAUCCGGCGGCCGAGCGAGGUCCUCGCUUUACCCGGGUGCGAUGUUAAGAUCGCAGACCUAUUCGCACAAUUCCAGCAGAAGGGUGGUUGCGAGCACACUGAUGAUGAUGGAAACGUUGCCGCCGCCGAUGCACUGGAGACAGACCCUGUUCUCCGCGUUCUGGACUCCUUCUAUCAGAUCUGGGGCGUCGGCGCGAAGACAGCGCGAGAGUUCUACCAUCGCGGCUGGCGCGAGCUAGAUGACGUUGUUGAACAUGGGUGGAGCACGCUAUCACGGGUCCAGCAGAUCGGAGUGAAGUUCUACGAAGAGUUCCAGGAAGGGAUUCCUCGUGCAGAGAGCGAAGCCAUUGCGAAUAUAAUCCGGGACCAUGCUAGUCGCAUACGAUCGGGCGGCAUUGAUUGUGUUCUUGUUGGCGGAUACCGACGGGGCAAAGAGCUCAGUGGAGAUGUUGAUAUUAUCUUGACUCAUCGUGACGAUGCCGUGACUCGGAAUCUUGUCGUAGAUAUUGUUGCGAGUCUUGAGGCUGAGCGGUAUAUUACUCAUACGCUUUCGUUGCAUUUGACGUCUUCGAAUCGGGAGCAGCAGACGUUACCCUUCCGGGGGGAUGAUACGAGGAGGUUUGAUACUUUAGAUAAGGCGUUGGUUGUCUGGCAAGAUCCGCAUUUUGAAUCUACGAAUGCGGGUGCUGAAGGGAGUCGGAAGAAGAAUCCGAACAUUCAUCGUCGUGUUGAUAUUAUCAUAUCGCCCUGGCGUACGGUUGGCUGUGCAGUUCUCGGCUGGUCUGGGGACACGACUUUUCAGCGAGAUCUACGACGACACGCGAAGAAAGCACACUUGUGGAAGUUUGAUUCCAGUGGGGUGCGAGAUCAAAGUACUGGGAACCAGCUUGACUUGGAACAUGGUGGAGAGACCUGGGAGGAGAGGGAGAGGCUUGUGAUGGAGGGACUGGGGGUUGGCUGGAGGCCACCGGAGGAAAGGUGUUCGAGAUAG